CAGAUCUUAUGAAAUACAUUUAAAUGAGGAGAGAACAAACAUACUAAGUGACUCCUGAUUUGCCUCUUUUCCUGCUUUUUCCUGUGUGGAGCUGGUGCAAGUUUCUUGAAAGAAUGUCAUUCUGGGAUUUCCUGCUCUCCUUCUUUCAAACUGUUUCCCGCAGAAAAAUAAUGCCAACCAAUAGUUGGAGAGAGUCAGACUUGCGCCGCUGCCUUACCACCUUAGACUUAGUGGCUCUGGGUGUGGGCAGUACCUUGGGGGCAGGAGUAUAUGUCUUAGCAGGAGAAGUAGCUAAGACCAACUCUGGUCCGAGCAUCGUCAUCUCCUUUCUGAUUGCUGCUCUGGUGUCCGUCUUGGCAGGAUUGUGUUAUGCUGAAUUUGGAGCCCGAGUUCCUCUGACAGGAUCAGCUUACCUCUACAGUUAUAUCACAGUGGGAGAGUUGUGGGCAUUCAUCACUGGCUGGAACCUUCUACUCUCCUAUGUAAUUGGAACUUCCAGUGUGGCCAGAGCUUGGAGUGCUACUUUUGAUGAACUCUUGGGCAAAAGAAUGGGGAUCUUUUUCAGCACCCACAUGUCCAUAAACUCUCCCAGACUGGCUGAAUACCCUGACAUCUUUGCUGUUUGCCUCAUUGUUAUACUGGCAGGGCUUCUCUCCAUUGGGGUGAAAGAAUCCACCACAGUGAAUAAGGCCUUCACAGCUGUUAAUGUGCUUGUUCUCCUAUUCAUUAUAAUCAGUGGUAUCAUCAAAGGAGAUCUGAAAAACUGGAAUUUGGAUGAGAGUGAUCUAUUAGCAACUGUGACAAACAGAACUGACAACCAAUCUGUGACUGACAAUGGAACCUGGCAGUAUGGGACUGGAGGGUUCAUGCCUUAUGACUUCAGUGGGACCGUAGCUGGAGCUGCUACCUGUUUCUAUGCUUUUGUUGGAUUUGAUUGCAUUGCUACUACAGGGGAAGAAGUCAAGAACCCCCACAAAUCCAUUCCCAUGGGUAUUGUCCUAUCAUUGCUUAUCUGCUUCCUGGCCUACUUUGGAGUUUCUGCUGCCUUGACAUUGAUGAUGCCCUACCACCUUCUUGACACCAAGAGUCCUCUGCCAGUGGCUUUUGAGUACAUUGGGUGGAACAUGGCCAAAUAUGCUGUUGCUGUGGGGUCACUGUGUGCUCUGACCACAAGCCUGUUGGGCUCCAUGUUCCCAAUGCCCCGGAUUUUAUUUGCCAUGGCGAGGGAUGGGCUCCUCUUCCAACCUCUAGCCAAACUGAGCAGCCGACAGAGCCCAGUGAUUGCAACCUUGGUGUCUGGAGCUGUUGCAGCUAUGAUGGCUUUCCUUUUUGAUCUGAAGGUCUUAGUUGACAUGAUGUCCAUUGGGACACUGCUUGCCUACACACUAGUUGGUAUCUGUGUUCUCCUCCUCAGGUACAAGCCUGAGCCCAGCUCUUUAGGCUCCUCAGAAAAGAAAAGGCCAAGCAGAAUGCUCUGGGUAGACCUCUUAAUUCACCCAGAUAUCAUUCCAUCACAGCACUCCUUCCGUCUGGUGUCCCACACUCUCUCUCUGGUUGUUGUCCUAGUCUGCCUUGUCAGUGUGGUAACCACUGUAGGACUACCAUACUUGAUAUCUGGAAGUGCCUGGUGCACUGCCUGCCUUGUUCUCCUCCUCCUGGGGAUUCUUGUGGCAUCACUUAUCAUCUGGAGGCAGCCUCAGAGUCAGAAGACAUCAGCUUUCAUGGUGCCCUGCCUGCCAUUCUUGCCAAUCCUCAGUGUCCUUGUCAAUAGCUGCCUAAUGGCCCAGCUCAGCAGUGACACUUGGCUUAGGUACCUGGUGUGGAUGGCUUUUGGCCUCCUAAUUUACUUUGGCUAUGGGAUCCGGCAUAGCGCAGAGAGGCACAGGGAUAAAGAUCUGUCCCUACAAAUGACAAAACAUGAAAGAAGUGAUACAGAUUCAAGCAGUGACUUACAAAAAAUAACUUUAAAGGAACCAUGAUGUGGACCUAUUGAUUCUCACUGAUGAAGGAUUGCAUAACAGUCUGACUGGUAGGACUGAUUCCCCUAGACUUUCAAUAUAUGUGUGUCUGUACUUAUGGUCAAAAAAUCUCAACUACUAAAGGAAUAAUUGUGUAGUGGGUAAACUGACUUGUGAAAUUCACAGCCACUGGAUGAAUUGGUGUUGCACAGUGGGUAAAAAUGUAAGCAGUAGUUCAAACCUCACCUCCUCCCCAAACUCACUGGGAACCAUUUGGCAAGUCACCAGCUUCUGUCUCUGCAAUACAGAAAUAAUAGUAGUCAUAAUGGCCUAUCUUACAGGGUUGUUGUACGAAUUACUGAAACAGUUCUUUUAACACUUGAAAUGCCCUGUGUUAAUGCUAAAUAUUGCGUAGCCAUGAUUCUUAACUGGAAUGGUUUUCUACAGGCUGAGAGACAUGCAUGGCAGAAUAGUCUAGCAACUGCUAUUAGCCAGGAUAACUAAACGUAACCUCCACAUUUGAAGGCACUUUCAUUUUGAAUACCAUAUACUGAAAACAAGUGAAAAGGCUGGUCAUUACUUUCAUGUCUGCCUUAUUGGCUUCCAGGGCAUCUGUUGGCUACUAAUGGAAACAGAAGUGCAGACAAGAACAGCAAGGGAGACCAUAGAUUCAUUUAAAUAGCUUCCAAAUUAAUUAUUUUUUAGUCUACUGGCAUCCAAGAUAAGCAGCUGGACAGCUCUACAGGGAGCCAAUUCCUGUGCUAAUUACAGCCACUUCAGACAGACUAGAACAGGGGUGGCCAAACUGUGGCUCAGAAGCCACACCCACAUGAUGAAAGACAUGCAUGGCAGAAUAUUGUGUGGCUCUCAAAGCCCCAACUGCCCUGUUGGCAGGCUUGGAGAAGACAUUCGUCUCUCUAAAUCACUUCUUCAAGCCAAGCCAGCUGGCAGCUUGGAGAGUGUAUUUAAAAUUAGAGUUGCUUUCUUUCCACCUCUCCCUCCCUCUCCAUCUAUUAGCCUUCCUUCCUUCCGGCUCUCAAACACCUGACAUUCAUGUCUUGUGGCUCUCAAACAUCUGAUGUUUAUUCUGUGUGGCUCUUUCGUUAAGCAAGUUUGGCCACCCCUGGACUAGAAGAAUCAGCAAGGGUGGCACAGCAAAUGUUAUGCCACAAUAGUGACAAUAGUGAACUGCAACUGAAUUGGAGCCUGAAAUUUCUCAGUUGUCUUGAUUUCAAACUGAUGUCAAACUUGAUUUCAGAUUGGGGGUUGGACUAGAUAACCCUGGAGAUUCCUUCCAACUCUACCGUUCUAUGAUUCUGUGAAAGUCAUGAACUGGUUCAAAAUAAGUAGUUCAAAAUUCAGUCAUUCAAAGAACUGUUUUGAGAGUGGUGAGAAAUGUUGGCUUUCUUUUAGUGGAUGCAUGCAAACCAGAUGAUAGCCCUGAUGUAUCAAGGGCAGGAUUUUUUGCCCAGGGGCCCCAGUGCAUUAUUCAAGUAUAUGUGCAAUGUGCACAUUUUCUAAAAGCACUCAGAUCUUGCUGAAGUUUUAAGUGUUUGAAAUUAAAAGUGCUUAUGUAUGGAUUUUAAAUGUUAAAUCUUAGAGAUAUCUGUUAUUUUUAAAACAAUUUUAUUCUUAAAAUGUUUUAUUGAAUAGUUCUUGCUUUUGACUUGUACUGGUCAUUGGCUGAAUAAAUUGAUUGGUAAAAAAGUGAGCAAUGAUGUCAUGAUGAAAAUGUUUAUUAGAUUAUUAUCUGUUACAAAACAUACAUUUCCUGAUACAUUUCACUUGUUAAAAACAAUAAAGAAAUAAUUUUAUAUUCAAUAAAUAAA